CUGGAAUACUGAAGAGGACAUCUGCUGGCUGACAAGAGUGUGUGGCUGUGCUUCUGACCCUCAGGAGUGUGGAAGUGAUCUGAGCUGGUGGACGUCUUCAUGGCUGAUGGCGUCUUCUGCAAUAAAGGGAUGAUGAUGUGGGAUGAGAACAUGGAACGCCGAGCAUGCGUUCCUAUGAUCCGUGUUCUGGUGGACAAGCUGCAAAAGGUCAAAGAAAAUGAGUCAGACUGUCGACAUCAUGUGAUCCCUCUGCUCCACACCCUCUACUACGAGCUCCUACAGUCAGACCACGUUCCUGCCAGCCUGCUUGCGGAGGUGUGUGACAGCUUCAGCAGGUAUCUGAGUGAUCCUGAGCCGUGCAGCUCUGUGGCUCUGCGUCACCUGAGGAGCAUACGCACAGAGCUCAGUACCCCUGGUGCUCUUUACCAGAGGAGGCUCAUAGCGGAGCAGAACCUACACAGCCCCCUGCAGGAGAGGGUGUUUGUGUUUGCAGACCCGGCGGUGGUGUGGGGCCCCCUAGGGGCCUCAGUGAGGGCCAACCUGGAGCUUGGGGGGUCCCCCAGGGGGGCCCAGGCCCUGCAGACACGCCUGCUCCUCCACACGCUGCAGACGGGGCUGGGGGAGGCCUGCCAGCUCCGUGCCCUCGCAGCCACCCUGGAGGGUCCAGGGCGAGAUGUGCUGCCGUACUUCCAGCAGAUGGUGGAGGCUGUGGAGCAGAGUGCAGAGAGGGGGGAUGAGGACCAGUACCAUCGCAGCCUUCUGCUCAUCCAGCACCACAUCCUCAACAGCCCUCAAAACCAGCCGCAUGGUGAUUUGGAUAACACAAGGGGUUCUAAGUCAUCAGAUCGAUCUGAUGCUGCCCUCCCCCACCCAGACCUCCACCUCCCCCACCCAGACAUCUCCUUCCACCUGUGGAACCAGGAAGAGGAGUUCUGGAAUGUUCUGGCGAAGCUGGCCCUGAACAUCCCCCCCUCCUCCGGCGAGAAGAGGGACGAUCAGGAGAGGAGGGAGUCUGUCCAGUCCUCUGACAGCGGGAUAGAGAAGGACUCAGACAGUCUGGAGAGGAGGGAGUCUGGGAAGGGUGUGAAGGAGACAGAGGAGAGGGCAGAGGAGAGGGAGAAUAUGGUGGAGGAGAAGAUAGAGGAGAAGCACCAGAGGCCGGUGUUCGUCCGGGCGUCCUGCAUCAGCCGAGGGCUGCGAGGCCGAGCCCAGAUGGCCCUAGUGAGGAGCUCCGUGGAUGGGGAGGGGGGCGUCCGCAUGUCCUGGCAGGACAGCAGGCACACGGCCAAGGUGGUGGUGAUGGGGGACGACCGUGUGCUGGGCAGGCUGGCCACGGCCUACCUGAAAAUACGCAGACGGGAGUCCAAACACAGUAUGUUGUCCAGUAAAAUGAAACUACAGCUGUUCUACAUCCCCGUCACUAACGAGCUGUCUUCCAGUUCCUGCUCUGGCUGGACCUCUGGGUUAGGGGGCAGGCUGUCGCUAGCCUCCUUCCUGGGCAGUGAGGACCCCUGUUACCACAGCAACGUCUAUAACCAGGGGGCCAGAUUAUCCUGCACAGCCAGCGCGUGGUCCAAUCACAGCCUGUCACCUGAUCCGGACUGCUUCCUAUUGGAUGUCCUCUCCUACUAUUUGCGCUGUGCAAUUCAGCCUGUCCACCUCCCUCUCUACUUUGUAAAGAUGAGUCUGUUGGGAGGGAGCUCAGUGGAUGCAGUGUUUGUGUCGCAUCUACAGCUGGAGUUUCCUGAGCUCAGGCAACAAAGACAAAGGCUACAAGCAAUACCUACAAGGAGAGUCUCAGAGGACAUAAGUGGGGUGGCAGUUUUAGUACAGUACAAGAAGGUUUUCCUGAGCAAGCGAGAGGUUAAGAAGAACCUGACAUGCACAGUCUGGACCAUGGAGAUCUCCACUCUGGCACCAAAUGUCCCAGAGGGUGUGCACACCCUCACAGCCUGGUUGCUGGGUGACAGUCCCAGACACGGCACGGAGAUUAGAAGUCAGUGCUUCAGCAUCAGAACUGUAGAUGAGAGAACCUUCAGCAUCUGCUUGGACCGAGACUCUCGCAGAAUCUUCUCCAACGUUCACAGCCUGUCCAUCUCCCCAUGCACAGACCCAGCGUACAGCAACCAAUCAAGACCCAGGACCAGAGAAGCCAAUGGGAAGGACGAGGCGGGGCUUUGCAAAUACAUGAGCAAGAAUCUUUUUCUGCCAAUCAACACCUUCUCGGGUGUCUCCUAUUAGCCGAUAAAUAAACAAUGUAACCAAUCCUGUUUGAACCAACUACUCCUUAUGAUCUUGAUACUCUGCUGUACGUUCUUUCAUAGUUUCUACGUGCACAAUUUGUAUGUCGCUUUGAAAGAAAUAGAAAUAUAGGCCUAUUCUAGAUGGGCAUAUCUCCGUCGUUGUUCUAGCUCGGCAAAGCAAGCUAAGUUAAAUAGGCCUAUAUAUGUUACUAUUAUGAUGAUGAUGAUGUGUUGCUUUACUAUUGCUGGCUUACUGUUAUUGUUAAUGCAAUCAUUGUGGUGAUAACUGACAUAA